GUGCGAGUGAGUUUGGUUGAGCGCGUCAACAAUAAAGCAGCGUGAAAUGAAAAGAGCGCCUUUCAUUCAAUGGGGUUUAUAUUUAGCUCGGUGUGUGUGUGUGUGGGAGGGGGGCAGCAGUAAGUGGAGACCCCCAGUCCUGCCGGAGCAGAUCCGUUUGACGCCAAAACUUGCUCGUUUGGCGGCGCGCGUCAUCGUUUCGUGCGGCGGGCACGGCGUGUGUGUGUUGGAGAGACGCAGAGAAGGAAGAACGCACGUUUUUUUUUCUCUCUCUCUCCCAGCUCUUGGAGGAGAACAACACACCACCAAAAAAACGAAAAAAGAAAAAAAGAUGAUGGCCGGUGGUGGCGAAGCAGCCAUGGACCAUAACGGGAUGUUUUCCACGUCGAACCUGCACAACCUGCAGCAGAGCCACAUGGAGGCUGACAACGCGGACUCCCGCAAGCGGCCGCUGGAAACUCCGGAGGAGGAGGCCGGAUGUACCAAGCGCACCAACACGGGAGAGGAGGGUGAGUACUUCCUGAAGGUGCUGAUCCCCAGCUAUGCAGCCGGCUCUAUAAUUGGCAAGGGCGGCCAGACCAUUGUACAACUACAGAAAGAGACGGGGGCCACCAUUAAGCUGUCCAAAUCCAAAGACUUCUACCCAGGAACAACAGAGCGUGUCUGUCUGAUACAGGGUACUGUCGAAGCCCUCAACGGUGUCCACAACUUCAUUGCUGAGAAAGUCCGUGAGAUGCCCCAGAGUGCCCAGAAGCCAGAACCAGUCAGCAUACUGCAGCCACAGACCACAGUCAACCCUGAUCGUAUCAAACAGGCAAAAUUGAUCGUGCCAAACAGCACAGCAGGGCUGAUUAUUGGCAAGGGAGGCGCCACAGUCAAAGCGGUGAUGGAGCAGUCAGGAGCGUGGGUGCAGCUCUCCCAGAAACCAGAGGGCAUCAACCUGCAGGAGCGAGUGGUAACAAUCAGUGGUGAGCCUGAACAGAACCGCAAGGCAGUGGAGAUCAUCGUACAAAAAAUCCAGGAGGACCCCCAGAGCAGCAGCUGCCUCAACAUCAGUUACUCCAAUGUCUCCGGCCCAGUCGCCAACUCCAACCCCACCGGAUCCCCCUACGCUAACACCGCCGAGGUGAUGCCUAAUGCAGCUGCAGCAGCUGCAACUGCCUCCAGCCUUUUGGGUCAGGCCGGCUUGACGGGAAUGGGUGCCUUCCCUGCUGCCAUGUCAAGCUUCUCUGGCAAUGACCUGCUGGCCAUCACAUCAGCCCUCAACACACUGGCCAGCUAUGGCUACAACACUAACACCUUGGGCCUGGGCCUUAACCCCGCAGCUGCCUCUGGUGUCCUCGCUGCAGUAGCAGCUAGUGCUAACCCGGCUGCAGCUGCUGCAGCUAACCUCUUAGCCUCCUAUGCUAGCGAUGCCUCCGGCGGCGCUGGCCACCCUGUGACCGGCCUUGGCGGGUUCUCCCUAGGUUCUCUUGCAGCUGCUACAGGGGCUUCCAAUGGGUACCUGAACGCCUCAUCCCCACUGAUGGCCUCCUCCUUAUUAGCAACGGAGAAGCUGGCAGACGGAGCCAAGGACGUGGUGGAGAUUGCUGUACCUGAAAAUCUGGUUGGUGCCAUUUUGGGGAAAGGAGGGAAAACGCUGGUUGAAUACCAGGAGCUAACAGGAGCCCGCAUCCAGAUCUCCAAAAAGGGAGAGUUCAUUCCUGGUACUCGGAACCGUAAAGUUACCAUAACAGGGUCGCCAGCCGCUACGCAAGCAGCGCAGUAUCUGAUCAGCCAGCGGAUCACCUACGAGCAGGGUGUGCGAGCUACCAACCCGCAAAAAGUGGGUUAAAAAUUGAAAAAAGGAGGAAGAAAGGAAAGGAUGAGGACAGAGCUAGAGGAGAAUUCUAAAGGGUCAAAAUGAGGAAAAAAAGAGAAAUGUCCAAAUAUUUAAUAUUUCAGAAUCAAAUGAGAGGAUUACAAAGGAGGAGGAGGGGGAGACACCGAAGACAAAGUGUGUGUGAUAUUUGAAUGUUUUGGGACUGAUGUCCUGAUCUUUUUUAAAAGUUUGUGUCCAGUCCUUUUUGAUGAUGGUUAUCAGAGUAAGCUGAACUUGUCCACUGCCAAGGUGCAGAUUCAAGGGUGAGGCCACAAGGUUUCACUUUCCUCUAAAAACCUCAUUGAUGAGUUUCUUUACUUAAGUUUUGUUUUGGGGUUUUUUUUAUAUAUUUUUGCUUGGUUUAAUCGUUUUGAUGUAACUUGCAGACCUCAGCUCCCGGUGAGUUGAAUGUCCAGUGAGGUCCCAGCAAAACAACGGGGCCGUUUCACGGGUCUUUGUCUUUGUACGCAAUGUGCAAAGCG